AUGCCUUCUGAUAAUAGUAGCUCUGAGAGUGAACCUGAAUUCGAAAGUAUAAUUGCUACUAGGGCACGUAGAUCAAAUGCAGGGUCAAGACUUCGCCAAUUAUUAGAUUUAGAAGAAACCAAUGCUGGCACUGUACCAUCAAACGAUGAUGACGAAAAUGUGAAUCUUUUAUUUGAGGAAGAUGAAGAUGAUAGAGAGUUUCAAAUUUCGGGUAGUGAUGAGGACAACGAUGAAGGAACAAACAGUGAGAGUGAGAAACCAAGAAGGAAAGAGGAUAUGUCUGCUAUCAAAAGCCGUGCAAUAGAGAAAAAAAACUAUGGGAGUAGUAGAAUUGAAACGAAUGGCAUUGAUAAUGAUAAUGAUCUUAUUAGUGGUGGUAAAUUUGAUGUCAAUAGUGACGAUGAUAAUGAUGAAGCAAGGGUAAACUCCGACGAAAUGCUUUCUGAGUCUGAUAUGAGCUCCUCAGACACCGAUGAAGAAGAAGGGGAACGGGAAUUACAGAAGCAGGAACGUUUAAGAAAACGACGUAAAAAUCAACAAGGCAUACCAGGAAUAUUGAAGAAGACAAAGACUGCGGCUUCCACUAAGCCUAAGAAAUUCAUAAAAGAAGUAGAGCCUGCAAAAUCACACAAGAACACCUUAUUCCAAAAUGUUCCUAUUGCACCAACUCAAAGAAGACAUUCAUCGCGUACGGCGACCAUCAAGAACAGUAUAGCCACCCACAAAAAAAUGGAGAAAGAGUAUGAAAGACUUCAAACUUUGGAACCGGUGCAAAAGAAAGAAUAUGUUGAGAAAACAUUGGAAGAGAGACUGGAAGAAGCUAAAAUUACAGAGAUUGAAAAUACACAGUCCUUGAAAAACUUUUAUCAGCAAGAAAUUCAAAAGAAGAAGAGACAAAGAGAUAUGUUAAAUGCGAGGAAGUUGAAAAUGAGUAACUUCAUACGAUUUUGGUCAACGGGGGUGUAUAUAACUCCUGCCGAUGAAAUUGCGGAAAUUGAGGAACGAAAGAGAAUCUUACAGGAGGAAGAAGAAAAGAAGGCUAAGCGAAAAUUAAUGUAUUUGAAACGUAAACAAGCAAGAUUAGGCAUCAGGCCAGAAAAUACUCAAACUAUAGAAAAAGAAUCAGGAGGAGAACAAAAAUCACAGCUGAGUGAAGAACAUAAUAGAGAUAUUGAAGAUAAAAAAACCGAAAGCGUGCCAAUUGAUGCCACUACUAAUCUUCUCAAUCAGAACCAUACCGCAGAGGAGGAAAAGCUGUCGCAUGAUACAGUAGCUACCGCUGAGAACGCACCCAGGGGAGAUAUUAAGACGGUCAACUUUAAAGAAAAUGUUGAGGUUAUGGAGGACGGUGAUUUAGAAAAGACUGAGAAUGUUGCCGAAUGCGAUAAGCAAGAAAAGAAAUUUGAAGAUCCAGCAGUUGAUGGAACGAAUCUUCAAGAGGGAAUUGAUUCAAACGAUAACGAAACAGUAUAUGAAGGUCCUGCAAGACGUGUGGUUAGAGAUUAUAUAAUAUUUGAGGAGUUUGAUGAAAAUCUUUCUUCAGAUAAAAUAAAAGUGUUACUUUUAGGGCAGCAAUCAUUACUAACGGGUACUCGCCGGGAUCCGAAUUGUGAAACUGUUUACCUAAUCAAGCAAGAUGAAUCUUCAAACAUUGAUUUACAGAAAAUUCAAUCAGCACGUGCUGAAUCAUUCAAAUCCCUACUCUCGUUACCUAGGUUUGGUGAAAGAAUAGCCUUGGAUACCCAUGAUGAUGAUUCCAAUAAAGACGACAAUGAAGAAGUAAAAAUACACACACCAGCACCAGUUGGUAUUCAUUUACCCAAUGGUGAAAAGAAGAUGUGCUUAACAAGCGGGGAACCUUCAGUUUACUAUGAUCCUACGAAUGGUGUACCAUACUCUACAGUUGAAGACUUCAAGAUCAUUAAGGCCAUAGUUGAUGGCGAUUAUAACUGGUUGCAAUUGGACAACGGUGGAAUAAACUCAAGAUUUGCAGGAGGUGUUGGAUGUUAUAUCAGUAAAAAGAAUCAGCGACAUGCAAAAGGCGUCCCCGAAGGAUUUGAUAGUUAA